CUUGCCAUUGCCUCGACCAUAUAAAGGAAGUAACGCAAGCGGUUGGAAGAGCAGAAAUCACUAUGAAGAAUCAUAACAUAAUUCGAGUGUUAUUGCUGAUAACAACCGUUCUUCUUGCUGGCUCUGCGGACCUUAACGAUUCUAAGGAACGAAAAGUUGGCGUGGAAGACGAUUCUCCCAAACAAAAAACACUCGAAGUGUCAGGCUCUGCGAACCUUAAAGGUUCUAAGGGAGGAGAAUCUUCUUCAAAACUCAUAACAAUUAAAACGUUAGAUCCAGCGACGAGCAUCGAUGAUCUGUUGAAACAACAAAUAGAUUCAACUUCCGAGGGCUCAAGAGGAAAGACUUUGUAUUAUGGUGCUCACAGUUGGAAACGUGCAGGGAAACGUAGGAGAAGGAGAAGGAGCAAAAGAUGGGGAAAGAAGUAACCAUAAAUGUUGGUGCUGGAUGAUACAUCAUGCUUGGGAAAUUAUUUGCAGUUUAUUUUUGGUUUUUUUCCUAUAUCAGCUUUAAGACAGAAUAAGAAAAUAAACUUAUGCUUAUCGUAUUAAAAGCAUUUUUUUAAACGCCGAUGACACUUCUCGUUGACCCCGUUUACAUGAGAUCGAACCAGGCCGAGUACGGAUCACCGCUCCGUUUUUAUACGGGAACGCUCGGGAUCGAUCAGCUAUUCAUACUAAUUUGGGUUCGCAUUAGAGAGUGUUCUAGAUGGGGAUCGACCCCGGCUCGUGUAAACGCCCGAAAUAGGUGGGAUCGAUCACAAAUUGGCACGGGUAGAAAACGAGGCUCAUGAAUUCUCCAGUUCGAGGUGCUUUGAGCACGGCGCUUUGACAUUUGGUCAGAUGUUGCACGCCCUCUUUGCCAAGAAGAUACAAAAUACAAAACUAGACGUGUUCUGUUUUAGGUUAUGGAUAAAUUUAGCGAACAGGCUCCAACUUAUAAUUCUUUUACUCCAGUGUGAUUUUUAUUCUUGAGUAAGACCCUUUUUAUUCAUCGCUCUAAAUAAACAUUUUGUUGCUCCCUUCAAAUUCGAAGCCAUUUUCUUCUCAGCCUUCCUAUAAUUUUGGUGGUGUUUCCUUUGUAUUUUUGAUUGUAUAAGCAAUACGCAUGAGCAUUCCUUUCAAAAGGGCCUAGAAAGCAGUGCGGUCCGAUCUGGGACCAAUCCCGUGUAAACGAAAUAUAUCGAUCGAUCCCAAACGAGAUCGAUACCAAACUGGAUCGGUUCCAUUUUCCCGUGUAAACAGGGUCUUAAUAAUGAAAUUUUGAUGAUAAUGAUAAUGAAAAGUGAGACUCGAUGCCGUUUCGUUUCUGAUAUUUGUAUUCGAAAGCUAUCGAUUCUAACUUGUUUUAUUAAUUUUACAAUCAUUUAGUAUUUCAGUUCUUAGAACUGAC